CCUGCCUAGUUUGUCCUCGUAAAGUGUUGUCCAUUUGGUCUCGAGUCCUCAUUUUACUGACUGCCUUCAAGUGAUAUCAAUUAGUGCCUGUCUACAUAUUGCCCAAUAUGGUUCGAAAGGAUCCGAUUUUCGAGGCUCGUACUAAUGUCAAACUGCAUUCCAAUCGCUUGAAGAAGGAAUCUGCACGCGCUGAAGCGACAUUCAAAUCCGAGAAGGCAAAGGCCGACAAAGCGAUGAAAAAUAGAGAGUUCCAGAUCGCUCGCAUCCAUGCUGCCUCUGCUGUACGAGAGAAGAGAAGACAGGUGACUCUCCGUGCGGAGGCUGCGCGAGCAGAUGUCAUUAUCAACGAACUCAAGGCGGCUCAAAGUACGCGAGAUACCUCCCGGACUCUUGCUUUGGCAUCAAGGGGGCUAGAUGCGGCUUCGAAGAGUGUCAACCUAGAAAAUCUGGUCUCGCACGCAAACAAUUUCCUGGCUCGCUCCGAGGAUUUCAAGAUUGCUAGCAGUGCCAUAGAAGAUGUCGCUCAGGGUGUUUCGAUGCAGGAAUACGGUGCGGAGGGUGAGGCCGAAGUUGAUCGCUUGAUGGAGCAACUUGCGGACGAUGCUGGUGUAGAUCUGCGCAUAGCUCUCGAACAAGAUACUGUCCCCAAGGAGGAAGUCAAGGAUCAAAAGCAAGUCGACUCGGAACUUGAGGAUGGUCUGGGUGCUAGGCUAAGAGCUCUGCGGGCCGCAAACUAGAUGCAUAUUCUGAGCGCUAUUUAUCUGCUCGAUGUUUGCUAAUCCUUCUUCUUUCCUGGGCGAAUUCGCUGGCGCUAGAACGGGCGCAAGCAAUCGGCAUAUCUAUUUCCAUUUGUCACAGCUUGUUGCUGGGUUGCUACCCUGAGGUGUUACCGGCUAUCCUAUGUUCAAUCUUUAGUGCGCUGAGAGGUCGCGAUGUAUGUAUGUACUGCACACAAGUGGCAGAACGGCCUAGAUGAUAUUGUCAACAGUUGGGUCAUAAAUCACUGCUAAGCGUCGCUCUUGGGGUCUCCCAUGCCAGUGUUGCACUCCUCUCGGCGUACCAUGCCAU